AUGCUAGAACCCAGUGAUGUCUCUCUCGAUAUCGAAAGAGCAGAAAGACAAGCUUCCCAUCAACUCCACAGUCCCUCAAACACAGAUAGCCCUGUAGAGCCUGACUACCCCUCCAGCAGUUCCUCGGAUACACAUACAAACAACGAUGAUGACCUGAGUAGGCAAUAUACGCACCGCGACAUCAUCCCUGGGCCUAGGAAUGAAGACUCAAACAGGAUCCAGCUCGAAAGGCAGAGGACCCACUUAUCAAUAUAUAGUAAUACAGUGGGACGUACGGUGAAUGAUUAUGCGGCAAAGGAUGGACUGCCUCCGUUUGGUGGUGGGAAGGAGUACCCGCCACAACUGCCACAUAGGGAGCAGUACGUGGUGGAAUUUGAGGGCAGUGAUGACCCAAUGCAUGGGCAAAAUUGGCCUUUAAAAAAGAAGAUGAUUACAGCUGCGGUCUUGGGAUACACCACUUUAGUUUCAGCAUGGGGUAGCAGCGUGUUUUCAUCUGCAACAGAAGCUGUAGCUAUCUAUUUCGGCAUUAGCGCCGAAGCCGCAAUUCUUGGGCUCUCAUUUUAUGUCCUUGGAUUUGCCAGCGGCCCCUUAAUCUGGGCGCCCAUGUCCGAGCUCAAGGGCCGCCGCCUUCCUCUCAUUCUCGGCAUCUUCGGCUUCUCCAUCUUCCAGAUCGCCGUUGCUGUAGCCAAAGAUGCCCAAACCGUCUUAAUAUGUCGAUUCUGGGGUGGAUUUUUUGCAUCCUGUCCUUUGGCGGUCGUAGGUGCUGUAUUUGCAGAUAUAUUCACACAGGAGACCCGGGGGUCUGCUAUUGCAGUGUUUAGUAUGGCUGUUUUCUCGGGACCGUUGAUUGCGCCGAUUGCUGGAGGCUUUAUCACUGAGAGCUAUUUGGGGUGGAGGUGGACGGAGUACACCACAGCUAUUAUGGGCUUUGUGGCGCUAUUCCUAAAUAUCUUCUUUUUAGAAGAGACAUAUCCACCAGUUAUCCUUGUUGCGAAAGCGUCAGAACUGAGAAGGCUCACGAGAAAUUGGGGAAUACAUGCAAAGCAAGAAGAGAUCGAGGUCAACUUUAAAGAGUUGAUAUCAAAGAAUUUUGGACGUCCUUUGAAAUUGCUCUUUAGUGAGCCGAUUAUAUUCUUACUGAGCCUUUAUACUGCAUUCAUCUAUGGUAUAUUAUAUAUCUUCCUUACAGCAUAUCCUAUAGUUUUCCGUGAAAUCAGGGGUUAUACUCUCGGUGUGGCCGCGCUUCCAUAUCUGGGGAUGGUGAUCGGAAUGAUUUUGGGAGGCCUUAUGGUGAUUGCAUUUCAACCAUGGACCAACAAGAGAAUGAGGGCGAAUAAUAAUGUGCCAAUCCCGGAGGAUCGAUUGGUACCGGCGAUUAUUGGGAGUAUAGUGUUUCCUAUCGGAUUGUUCUGGUUUUCUUGGAGCGGGAACUACCCUGAAGUUCACUGGGUGGUACCCACUCUAGCCGGUAUUCCCAUCGGAAUCGGCCUCAUCACCAUUUUCCUCCAGUCACUCAAUUAUCUCAUAGACGCUUACCUCAUGUUCGCUGCCUCAGCUAUUGCUGCAAACACCUUUCUGCGCUCUGUCUUUGCAGCAGGGUUUCCGCUGUUUGGAAGGCAGAUGUUCCAUAACCUGGGUGUCAACUGGGCAGGUUCGUUGCUAGGGUUCAUUGCAAUUGCAAUGAUACCAAUACCAAUUUCUUUCUUCCUGUUUGGGGCUAGGAUUAGAGCGAGGUCGAAAUGGGCCCCGACAACGGAGGUGAAUGGUAAAUGA